CUCGGAGGCGGUGGUUCAGGGGGCCGAGAAUCCUGCAAGCCGGACACGUGGUAACGAACUGCGAGGAGUUUGAGGGGGUCUCAAGGCCAAAAAAGUUGGUAGCUGUGCAGGACCUAGAGGAAUCUCUUAGAAUGAAGCUGAGUCUUACCAAGGUAGUUAAUGGCUGUCGCCUAGGAAAAAUAAAAAACCUGGGCAAAACAGGAGACCGAACCAUGGACAUUCCAGCCUGCCUUCUAUACACCAAGACCGGCUCUGCCCCACACCUGACCCAUCAGACACUGCAUGCUAUCCACGGGGUUCCUGCCAUGGCUCAGCUUACGCUGUCCUCACUGGCAGAACACCAUGAGGUUGUGGCAGAAUAUAAGGAAGGAAUUGGAAAGUUUAUAGGCAUGCCGGAAUCACUCUUGUACUGUUCCCUGCAUGAUCCGGUCAGCCCCUGCCCAGCCGGUUAUGUAACGAACAAGUCUGUGUCUGUGUGGGGUGUUGGGGGACGAAUGGAGAUGACUGCUUCCAAGUUCAUGGCAAUUCAGCAGGCCUUUCAGCCAGACUGGUUCCAGUGUCUCUCAGAUGGAGAGGCAUCUUGUGAGGAAGCAACUUCCAUAAAAAGAGCCAGAAAGUCUGUUGACCGAUCACUUCUAUUCCUGGAUUAUUGUCUCCGGCUGCAGGAGGAGUCAGAGGUCCUUCGGAAAAGUACCAUCAUUGGAGUGAUUGAAGGUGGAGAUGUGGUGGAGGAGAGGCUGAGGUCAGCACGAGAGACAGCCAAGCGGCCCGUAGGUGGCUUCCUUCUGGAUGGCUUUCAAGGGAAUUCAACAACCCUGGAAACUAGACUGUACUUGCUGUCAUCAGUCACUGCAGAGCUGCCGGAGGACAAACCCAGGCUCGUAUGCGGAGUCAGCCGGCCAGAUGAGGUACUCGAGUGUAUUGAAAGAGGAGUGGAUUUAUUUGAGAGUUUCUUCCCUUAUCAAGUGACAGAGCGGGGAUGUGCCCUGACUUUCAGCUUUGAUUACCAGCCGAACCCUGAAGAGACGUUAUUACAACAAAAUGGGACACAGGAAGAAACAAAGAAACAAACAAAGAAAAUUAAAACAACCAGUUGCAACCAAGAAAUUACAUCAUUUGAAAUUAAUCUGAAGGAAAAAAAGUACCAGGAGGACUUUGAUCCACUUGUGAGAGGGUGUUCCUGUUACUGCUGUAAGAAUCAUACUCGUGCGUACAUCCACCAUCUGCUGGUGACCAACGAGCUGUUGGCUGGGGUCCUGCUUAUGAUGCACAACUUUGAACACUACUUUGGAUUUUUCCACUCCAUUCGGGAAGCACUAAGAAGUGACAGACUGGCACAGUUGAAAGAGCUUAUCCGCAGGCAAGCAUCUUGAGACCUGGCACAUGCAAGUCAGACUCUUCACACUGACACUGCCCCACUGUUGUCGUGCGAGAAGAGAACAAGAAACGAUCCUAGCUUUAAUCAUUUGUAUUUGAGAAUAAGGUCUAUGCAAAUAAGGAAUGUUUGUAUCAAACCCUGCCUACAUAAGAGAUUUCUUACAAAGACAUAAGUGACCCAACUGAUCAGAAAGGAUUAAACCAUGACCUUUAGUA